GAUUUCUGCCUGGAGUUCUCACCUGGCUUGGAUGGGGGCUUUCUUCCAGGGUCAGCCUCAUAGUCUUAACUAGGGCAGAGCUUUCAUAUGCACCAAGAUCAAGGAAGUGAUGGGUUCUGGAGCCACUGUACUGAUGGGAGCUGAACUCAAGACUGACUCAGGCCUUCAGCAGCCAGGACACUGAGUGUAAAAGCUUGCUUUCAAAUCACAGCAAGAGCCAGCACCAUGAAAGGUUUCAUUGCUUUGGCCUUGGUUUCUGCCUUCCUGAAAAUGUGUUGGGCAAACCAUGAGGGACAGCUGGCAAAUGGUGCUGUUCUGACCAAGGGAAGCCUGCACGAGGAGAAACUGCCUCUCCUCUUCCUGAAGCGUUUCUAUGAUGGUCUGUCUUACGAUGGAUUUGUAGGAUUGAUGGGAAGGAGAAUGGCUGGUACAAAGGAGAUUCCUGUGGCUCAAAAACGGAACAUGGAUGAUUUCUUUGUUGGUCUGAUGGGAAGACGAAACAUGGAACUUGAUGAUUCAACUGCUUUAAAUAAAGAUGUUCCAGAGAGAAAAGGACACAGCACAUCCACCAAUUGCAAGCUGAGGGCUUGUGGGUCCAUUUAACGUUGGAAGGAAUCGGGGCCAUUCGAAGGAAGUGAUUGCUCCAUCUACCAAAGUACACACCUUUCCAAAUUAAGCUAGUAAAUGUGUUUUACACAAAGGAGAAUCAUAUUUACAUUAGAAUUAUGUGUAUACUGUAUUUAAACCCUGCGUGGGUGUGGUGACUUUGGUUUCAGAGAAUCAGUGUCUAUCUUCGUUGGCAGCCAAGGAGAUGAGGAAGAAAUUGUGCUGAGAACCCAAUUCUGGAGCUGGAACUGGUGUUAUGCUUUAUAUCAUCUUCCCUACUGUCCACUCUAAAUAAAU